GUAUUUGUAAACAGUAGCCGCUAGUCAGUCGAGCCCGCCGCAGACGCACGUCGUUGACUCGCUACCCUCGAUAAAAUAAUUGACGUGCUAAACUUUAGCGAAAAUGGCAACUUCCACGGUUUCGCUCAACGAACGCAGUGACAUUCAUAAUGAAGGAAAGAGGGAAAAAUGCAACGAACGAGCCGCGUUUUACAAGAAACCGAUUAACAAACACAACGUCCGAUUGGCGAUCGAUUACGAAGAAACGCCGCAAGAGACCCGAAGAAGAAUGUUACUGGACGAACAGAAAAAAAAUCGUAACGAUGCGAUCAAUUCGGCUCGAGGGAUACUCGAAGAUAUCAUUGCCUCGGACGAUGAAGAAGUAGAAAUGAAGGAAGUCGAGGAGUCGGAAGAUAUGGAAGUAGAUCAGAAGAAACAAAGACACCACAAACUAAGAAGAGAGUACGGAAGACUGUUAAUGUUAUCUGAAUGGAUGAGCGAAGUUCCGGAAGAUUUUUCAGAAAAUUGGGUGAUGAUGCCUUGUCCAAUUGGAAAAAGAGUGGUCAUCAUAGCUGGCAAGGGAACUACAAGAAUGUUUACAAGGAAAGGAGAAAAAUUGGCUACUUUCAGAUCUUUGAUUCCAGGGGGUGGUCGUAAAUACGAGAAAAAUUGUUAUACAGUAUUGGAUGGUGUAUGGUCAGAAGAAAAAAGCGUAUGUUAUAUUCUUGAUUCUAUGGCAUGGUCAGACCAACAAAUCAACAAUUGUGAAGCUGAGUUCAGAUUUUUCUGGUUAAAAUCUAAAAUAGAAGAGCUAAGCGGUCAGUUGAAAGAAAAAGUUGAAGGUGUAAAUGAAGUAUCAAUGGAAUUGUUACCUACUUUUACAAGUCCUUCUGAUCUAAGCGACUGUUUGGAAAAUACACCUGAUUUGUAUCCAUUAGAUGGAAUAUUAUUUUUCCAUAAAGAAGGACACUAUUUUAAUGGAAAAACCCCACUUGUUACGUGGUUGAAGGUGUAUAUGUUACCAGAAGUAUUUGGUAUAAGUAUACCAGAACAGUAUGAUGUGAAACCAGAGGGUUAUAUAGAUUACCAUAAUCAUAUUUUAAAGGAAAUUGCAGAGUCAAAAAGUAGGAUAAAAGAUAAAAAAAUGGAGGUAGCUUGAAUAAGAUAUUAAAUUCAUGAUAGUACCUGUAAUAAUACUUAAUUUAUAAUAAUUACUUUGAUUAAAGUAUUAAGUUUCAUUUACAAAGUGCAAAGAAAAUUAAACUUGUCAUGAUAUUAUAUAAAUUAGUAAGAAUUGUAAUUAUUACAGAACCAGUUAGUACUAUCAAAUUUGCAUCAUUUGUCUUGUAGA